UCUAAUCUCAUCCUAAAAGCCUAACCCUGCACACUACAUGUCUCCCUUUUGUCUAGCUUAUAAUUUCCUAACUAUCUUUACUUAAAAGAGUGCCCCAACUAAUUGUCAGAUUGUUUAGUGCAGUUGUUAUGCUCCUCAUGUGGAGAUUGGUGCAUACUCUAUUUGUCCAGAGAUUGCUAUAUAUGUAUUAGUACAUGGAACUCAAGGCAUUGCCCACCAUUGCUAUGGCUUCUGAUGAAUCCAUGGAUCUACUUUCACGCGCAUGGUGUAGUUCUGCCAUUCAAGUUUUCCAGCCAAGUGUAGACGAUAGCUCAAGCGCGUUCAAAGAGAGGCAAAUCGUGUCGUUCGAGAAGGAAAGAACAAUUAUGCCUUUGCCAAAUGGUAGGAGUCUUAAUAUCGAUGAAGGUGUUUUCGAUACGAUGCCAAAAGUAAAUUACGACGACGUGAAGUCAUGGAUAUGGCUGCAGAAGUCAAUUCAUCCAGAGCUGGACUAUGAUGUCUGCAUGAGAAAGAAAUGGUAUUCUAAGAACAUGAUACCCUGGAAAGGGGUCUCAAUAAGGAAAUGGUUGAAAGAAGUGAAGCAAAUAAGGAAAGAGGAAGAAAGGUUACACAAGGCAGAAGUGCAUGCAGCAGUAUCAGUUGCAGGGUUGGCAGCUGCACUUGCUGCCAUUGCAGCAGAGAAUUUAGAUGCUGCUCAACACAAGUCAGUAAAAGAUAAAGCAGUGGCAUCAGCUGCUGCUCUUGUUGCAGCUCAAUGCGCACAGAUUGCAGAAGCAACCGGCGCGAAGCAGGAGCAGAUCUCUUCAGCAAUCAGUGAAGCAGUGGCUUCUUCCGAUCCGACCGACAUCUUAACCUUAACUGCUGCCACAGCAACAUCAUUAAGAGGUGCUGCCACACUCAGAGGAAGACAUGGCCACAUAGAGAAACCAAAUGAGACUUCACAGACACAACAUUCCAAUGAGUUCGGGUUCGAAUUUGGGAGAUGCAGGGCCUCACUUGCAAAGGGGGAUGAGAUCCUUGUGGUAACAGAAAAUGGCAAAAAAAGAAGGUUUAGGUCAGUUUCAGCCAUUUUGAACAGGGAAGGCAAAGUUAUCCUAAGGAUCAAAAAGAUAAAUCUUCUCAUGAUCUUCUCCCCUGGAAAAGAAAGUGUAGUGAAUGAAUUGGAGACUAAUCCUAUUGAAGAACCAGAGAUGGGAGCAGAUGGAUCCUACUGCAUCAGCAUGCAAACCAGUCAAGGGAAGAUUGAGCUCAAAAUUUAUGACUACGUGCAGUACAAGAAAUGGAUUACCACCAUGAACCAUAUGUUGAUGCUCUCUUCAACCUUGAGCAGGAAAAAUCUACACCUGAUGCGAAGGGACUAAUUAACAAGUCUUGCUAAAAUUCUGCAACCUGAUUAAUUUUCUUUUCUCUACUUUCUGUGUUCAUACCUUGAUAGAACAAGUUAAUUUCGGGUGUAAUUUGCAUGUAUGUCUGUUGUAUAUGUGGGAAUGGAUCAUGUUGUUCAAUGAAAAUUUCAUUUUAGAAGA